AUGAUAGUCAUUGGUGAAGAGAACGCCGUUGGCUGGUCUACUAAGGUAGCUAUUGUAGGCAGUGGUCCGAGUGCUUUGUCGCUGUCGUUCAUUUUGAAUGGUAAUAUUCCCUAUUAUGACCCAGUUCCUUAUGGCCCUCAUCCAGAUGAAUCGCUUCAUUAUUGUUUAUUAAACUAUACAGCUGGAAAUGACCUCGGUAAAAGUCUGCUUGAUGCCGUGGCCGACGAGCAUAUCAUUUCAUAUAUGGAGAGCAGCUAUGAGUCUUUCUUUUCAGAUCAAACUCUUCCAGUUAAUUUGUUGAUAGAUGCUUUAUCAGCGUCAGAUGAAUCGUCGUUUAUGAAUUGUCAUAGUAAAGAGUGUCGUAUUAAAUGGGUUCACGAGUCAGCGAAGUAUGUUCCCCAUAUUGUUAUAGGCAGCAGUCCUAGACCAGGAGGUCAGUGGGGAUCAUAUGAGUUUGACUCAAAAGACCAGCUUUCAUUGAGCUAUGCGGAGAUGUUGUCAUUACCGGGAUAUUCGUUUUCACAAUACUAUAUGGAUACAUAUGGCACCACGCCAGCGGAUUUCUACCGCCCUCCUCGACACCAGGUAGCAGACUAUUAUGCUAUGUAUCCUGGAAAAGUUGGUAUAAGCGAGAAUAUUGUGUCCAAUACGUUAGUGACUUGUGUUGAUAGAGCAUCACACACUGGCUCCUUUGUUAUAAGUAUGAGACAGUGUGAAGGUGCUGUCCACAAGCAGUGUCUGUUGGCAGCUGAUAAAGUGGUGCUGGCAACCGGAGUUUACGAGUCUCCACUUGAAUCUUUAAAGUCAGCAUCUCCUAAAGGCAUUAAUGAAAACAAUGGGACAAACACAACCGAUCUUACCGAUGUUAAUAGUAACGGUGAGUAUGGUCGACACGACAAAACAUUCUAUAACUUGACAAAUGCAUUGGUCCACAAUAACUCAACCUCCAAUUCUAAUUCAAACUCAAACUCAUUUGAUAAACACCAUUUCUCAUUCACCAUUGUACCACCAUUAUCUACACCACCGUCAGAAGGAGCACGAGCCAGCCAGAACAAAACAUGUCUCAUUAUUGGCACAGGCGUAUCGGCAGCCGAAGCGGUUAACAAUAGCAUUGCAUUAGGCUACUCAGUCAUUCACAUAUAUAAAUGGUAUGAUGAAAAGGGUAGCCCCUGUGUGUUUCGACGGUAUCCAAAGGAAUUGUAUCCAGACUACUGUAAAGUUUUUCGUAUGAUGAAACAACGCAAAGUCGCAGGGUUAUACGAAGGACUGCCUAAUGCCCAGAUUCUCGAUAUCUCACCAGAUGGUAUGGUAGAAAUCAAGCUAGAGGAUGGGUCAACAGUUUGUCGAACCGUUAGCAGCGUAAGGGCUUGUACCGGGCGUACAGGUUCAUUAUCGUAUUUAUGCAAUCCAGUCCUCGACCGGUCUAUCGAGUCAACUAUCAGAACCAUGCCGAUAACAAAGAAAACGUUGCGCGAUAAAUAUAUUGACAAGAAUGACCAAUCACUGUGUGUUGGCGAAAAUGUCUAUGCAAUUGGCAGUUUAUGUGGAGAUACCGUCGUACGGUUUAUGCUAGGAGCCAGCUUUUCAGUUGCUGGAGAGCUGGUUGACUCGUCCAGUGCCAAAUCAGUAGGAUCUUGA